AGCGGGAGAGCCGGGAGCGUGGAGCAGGAGCUGCCUCAAAUGCUUGAAAUAAUUCCGCUUCCGUUCAGAGCCGGGAUCAGCCUGCCACGGCAUCGGGGCCUCGGACCCGUCUCCUCCGUCCCCCAGAGCCAGUUGGGCUAUCAUGGCAACCUCCCCACAGAAGUCCCCUUCUUCCCCCAAGUCCCCCACACCUAAAUCUCCUCCGUCCAGAAAGAAAGAUGACUCCUUUCUAGGGAAACUCGGCGGCACGCUGGCGAGGAGGAAAAAAGCCAAAGAAGUAUCUGAAUUACAGGAAGAAGGAAUAAAUGCCAUUAACUUACCUCUCAGUCCAAUUCCAUUCGAACUAGACCCCGAGGACACUAUGCUAGAGGAAAAUGAAGUCCGAACAAUGGUUGAUCCAAAUUCAAGAAAUGACCCAAAAUUACAAGAACUAAUGAAGGUAUUAAUUGACUGGAUUAACGAUGUGUUGGUGGGAGAGAGGAUUAUUGUGAAAGACUUGGCUGAAGACCUGUAUGAUGGACAAGUAUUGCAGAAAUUAUUUGAGAAGCUUGAAAGUGAGAAGCUGAAUGUUGCUGAAGUUACUCAGUCUGAGAUUGCUCAGAAACAGAAGCUACAGACAGUGCUUGAAAAGAUCAAUGAAACCCUUAAACUCCCUCCAAGAAGCAUUAAAUGGAAUGUUGACUCUGUUCAUGCUAAAAGUCUCGUAGCAAUACUUCAUCUUCUGGUUGCAUUGUCACAGUAUUUUCGAGCACCAAUCAGACUCCCAGAUCAUGUGUCCAUUCAGGUGGUUGUUGUGCAGAAAAGAGAAGGAAUCCUCCAGUCUCGACAAAUCCAAGAGGAAAUAACUGGUAACACUGAGGCACUAUCAGGAAGGCAUGAAAGAGAUGCAUUUGAUACCUUGUUUGAUCAUGCUCCAGACAAGCUCAACGUAGUGAAAAAGACUCUCAUCACCUUUGUGAACAAGCAUUUGAAUAAAUUGAAUUUGGAGGUCACUGAACUUGAGACCCAGUUUGCAGAUGGUGUGUACCUAGUCCUGCUAAUGGGUCUCCUAGAAGGCUAUUUUGUUCCUCUGCACAGUUUUUUCUUGACUCCUGACAGUUUUGAACAAAAGGUCCUCAAUGUAUCCUUUGCAUUUGAGCUAAUGCAGGAUGGUGGACUGGAAAAACCAAAGCCAAGACCAGAAGAUAUUGUAAAUUGUGACUUGAAGUCUACACUGAGAGUACUGUACAAUUUGUUUACCAAAUACAGGAAUGUGGAAUGAAGAAUUGACUUGGGUCAUAAAGAAGUGUUAACAAUGAAAGCAUCACAACAAUUUCUCAUCAGUAUUCCUCUGCAUCUUUAUCAUAAAAGGAAUUAAACCACUUAUCUGAAGAAUUUAUAAUUGAUUAUUCUUGCACUACUAUUUUCAUAGUAGAUUUAAAAUUAAUAGAACAUGUGAAGAAAAAAAGGUUUGUAGAAAGGUAUUUGCAUGUGCUCUGGGAGAAUGAAUGUCUCAAUAAUACCUGUUUUCACACUGUUUUGUGAUAGGGGGAGCAACGAUGCAAAAAACAUGGUAGCUUUAAUUGAAUUCAGUCUUUGUAGCCAAUCAUAGGAAGAUUCUGUACUGAGUAUCUAUUUUAAUGUUUUUUACAUGUAUAUUUUCUAAUCUGAGGAGGGGAAGAGUAUUUUCUGUCCGGGAUAAGAUGGUUGUAUUCUGAUUGUGAAAAAUGUGCAUGGGGAGAAACAGUUCAAUAGUGUUGUUCACAUCACAGCUAAAAGGAGGAGACUUUCUCAAGCACUUAAUCUGACAAAUUUUUAUUUCAAGUGCCAUUAGGCUUGAAUUUUAUGGGUAUAAACUGAAGUGUCUACUCAUUCCUUCAGACUUCCUAUAAUGUGAUCCUCUGCUUUACAUAUGUGCUAUACAGCAUUCCGCAUUAAGCACACUUUGCAGCUUGUCACUUGGUUUUGUUUAAGGAAGAGAUCUUUUUUGCAAAGUACAUAUUUCAGGAAAACACAGCUGUUUAAUACAGUUUCCUUAUAAUAUUUCUGUUAUUAUAUAGUAUUAGAAAGGAAAAGAAUGGCUUGUUUUAGUAGUUUAAAUACAGGAUUAUCAGGUUGCAGGUUUAGGUUUCGAUAAAUAGGAUUUAGAAUUUGUCCCUUUGAUUGAUUUUAUGAUGAAUAUCUGUUGCUGCAUAAUGUCCAACACAAACAAGUGAGGCUAAUUUUCUAGAAACAUUCCUGUAGUGCUUCAGAUACAAAAGUGCUGCUUUCUGGUCAGAACUACACAUAUCAGCAAAGAUUCUGUUACGAUGUAAGGUUCUUUGGUCAUUUUACAUGGCUAUAAAGAAUACGUUUAUCUAAUCUUAAGCAACUAUAAACUGUUUGGCUUUAUCUUUAACAAAAACAAAAAAGGGAGAUGGGAGUUGAUUCUUCCCUUAGGCUGAUAUCAAGCACCAGUUAUGUUCCCAUAAUGAAGCUCAUAAAGACUGCCUGAAUCAUCUAAAACUGCACAGGCAGAAGUUGUGAAGAGUACAUUAAUCCUUUGCUAGGGGUCUGGAUGUUAGUGUUAGAUACCUUUUUAAAUGAAGCAUUCCAGUGCAACCACAGAUCCUUGGGAUCCUGGGUUAUACAGUAAGGAAAAAAAUUCCUUAAAGCAGAAAUUACUGGACAAGUGUUCAGAAAGCCUUGGGAUUCUUAGUGCAGGAAGGCGACUU